CGUACAAACAAUCUAGCAGCAGUUAGGAGUUCGAAUAACAAGCUCUGUGCCUUGAAGACAGUCAUGCGAGGACAUCAUUUCGCUAAAGUGCUUUGGAGGCUUUAUGCGAAUGUUCUCUAAUUGACAACAUUUAACACAAUUAAUCUUAAGGGAACUCUUGUGCUGCUGAGAUGAAUUUCUCCGAGGUUUUCAAGCAAUCCAACCAACUGUGUAAAGUUUCUCCAGAUGGAAAAUAUUUGGCUACCUGUGUGCAGUAUAGGCUGGUGGUGCGAGACAUGAGCACUCUACAGAUCCUGCAGCUCUACACCUGCCUGGACCAGAUAUCCCACAUGGAGUGGUCUUCUGACUCUCUCUAUAUUCUCUGUGCUAUGUACAAGAGAGGACUCAUACAGGUUUGGUCUCUUGAACAGCCGGACUGGCACUGUAAGAUUGAUGAGGGCUCAAUAGGACUAGUUUCCUCGCGCUGGAGUCCAGAUGGACGUCAUAUUCUCAACACCACUGAGUUCCAUUUGAGAAUCACCGUCUGGUCCCUGUGCACCAAAGCUGUGUCUUACAUCAAGUAUCCCAAAGCAUGUCAGAAGGGUUUAGAUUUCAGUAGAGAUGGUUGCUACAUGGCCUUGGCUGAACGCCGCGACUGCAAAGACUACAUUAGUGUAUUUGUUUGUGACGACUGGCAUUUACUCAGGCACUUUGAGACUGAGACACAGGACCUGGCGGGGUUAGAGUGGUCUCCUAAUGGCUGUGUGCUGGCAGUUUGGGACAGUUGUCUGGAGUACAAGGUGCUGCUGUAUUCUUUGGACGGCCGGCUGCUGUCAACCUUCAGUGCCUACGAGUGGUCACUAGGUGUCAAGUCUGUGACUUGGAGCCCCAGCAGCCAGUUCCUGGCCAUCGGUAGCUAUGAUGAAAAAGUACGCAUCCUUAAUCAUAUCACAUGGAAGAAAAUUGCACAGUUCGAGCACUUGGGGACCAUCAAUAACACAAAAGCAGUUGUUUAUAAGGAAGUGGAAAGAAAAACUGCUGUUUGUAGUGACGAUCUGUCGCUACACAACAUCACAAUUGGCUCCACCCUCUUCAACACACAGAGCAAAUAUGAGAUCUGCCCCCUGCCAGUUCAAAUUCCUGUUGUCAAACCUGAUCCAGACCGAGCAAACCCGAAGAUCGGUGUCUCCUUCAUGGCGUUUAGCUCAGACAGUCACUAUCUGGCCACCAGAAACGACAACAUGGCCAGUGUUGUGUGGGUGUGGGACAUGCAGAAGAUGAGCCUGGAGGCCGUUCUGGAGCAGACGUCGACUGUGCGCUGCGUUCAGUGGGACCCUCGACGGCCACGGCUGGCACUGUGUACAGCCAACAGCAAACUCUACCUCUGGUCCCCAGCAGGCUGCGUUUCUGUCCAGGUCCCCUCUGAAGGUGGUUUCCAGGUCCUGUCAUUGAAUUGGCACUGCAGUGGUGACUCUUUGAUCCUUCUUGGAAAGGAGCAGCUGUGUUUGUGCUACAUGGACACUGAUCAGGAGGAUAAGUAAAUACACAAGUCUGAACAAUACCUGAAACCUAGUUUUGGCCUAAUUGGAAACAUGGUAAUGAAAAGACUGAUGGAAGCACUUCUCUAAAUCCAGUCCACCUUGUUGGGCCGCUUUGUGUUUUAUUUAUUUGCUCUAAGUGUUGUUGCAGAUUACUGUUGUAUUUUUAUGUACAGUAGAUUCUCAUCUCAGGCAGGUUAACAGCCUGUGUAAAUAACUAAACACACUG